AUAGACGCCGAGAGACUGUUUGGUCGUGUUUUGGUGCGAUCUUGUUCAUCCUCGUUGUCUGUGGCAUCCAUCUUCAAAAAUCCAGUAUAGCCCACCAUGCCUCCCCCAAAAUCCAAAGGCGGCAAAAUGCUGUCGCUCAUCAACUGGAGACUCAAAGUCACCAUCAACGACGGACGCGCGUUCGUAGGGCAAAUGCUUGCUUUCGACAGACAUAUGAACCUUGUGCUUGCGGAUUGUGAAGAGUUCAGGCGCAUUCGGCCAAAGAAAAAGGCCGGAGAGUCGGAGGCAGGACCUGUGCAAGAGAUGAAGAGAACGCUCGGUCUUGUGAUCUUGCGUGGUGAGACUGUCGUUAGUUUGUCAGUGGAGGGUCCCCCGCCUGUCGUAGAUGAAGAGAAGAAGGGUGUGCUUCCUAUCGGCCCUGGACGAGGUGCACCAGCAGGUCGUGGUAUGGGUAUGAUGCCACCAAGUACGUGCUUACUUUUCACUUUUGCAUUCUUACUCACCUAUCUUAUAACAGUGGGUCCUCCUUCCCUGCAACGUCCGCCAAUGCCGUUUGCACCUCCUGGUAUGCCCGGACCGCCUCCCGGCUUCCGUCCUCCAGGUUUCCCUGGCGCACCGCCGGGUAUGCCGUUCCCGCCACCACCAGGAUUUUCGGGACCACCUCCUGGUUUCCAACCCCCGCAAUGAACGUGAUUGUCAGCAUGCCCAAGGCGUUGUAUUUUGCUUGUUCACUGUAUUUUUUUCUCACCUUCUCACUGACAUAUCGGGUAAAGAUCAAGUCAAGGCUCUCGCAAUGGGGAUGGGUGUCGACUAGAGAAGAGUCCAUGUAGAAGUUACUUGGCAAAUGAGGGUUGGUAUCUAUCGUAUCCAACAAUGGCCGUGUCUGUCUUCUAGUCCUUUGCAUCAGAGCUUCGAAUGCAUCAUAUACAUAUUUUAUCCCCGAUGACGAUUGGUGCGGCAGCCUUCGUCGCAACAUGAAACAGUGCAGAAAUAUUCGCACAUUUGCAAUAUCAG